CGCGCUGUCGCCGUGGCAGCCGGGGCCGAGAGGGGCCGUGAGGGGCCCGGCGGGGCCAUGGCGCAGGCGGCGCUGGGCGCGGCGGGGCUGCACUUCGACGAGCUGAACAAGCUGCGCGUCCUGGACCCCGAGGUGGCGCAGCAGACGGCGCAGCUCCGCGAGGAGUGCAAGGCCUUCGUGGACAGGAUCGUGGAGUUCCAGAAAAUAGUGGGCAGCCUGAUCGAACUCGUGGACCAGCUGGCAAAAGCGGCUGAAAGCGAGAAGAUGAAGGCCAUUGGUGCACGAAAUUUGCUGAAGUCUAUAGCAAAGCAAAGAGAAGCUCAGGAGCAGCAACUUCAGGCUCUAAUAGCUGAGAAAAAGAUGCAGUUGGAAAGGUACCGAAUAGAGUAUGAGACUCUGUGUAAGAUUGAAGCAGACCAGAACGAAUUCAUUGACCAAUUCAUUUUUCAGAAAUAGAAGACUUAACAACAACAACAACAAAAAAAC